UGUCAGCUGCUGAAUCUGAAGAACUGCUAACUGUACAAUCUAAAGAGGACCUUGAGAACUAUAUUGCAGGAUUAAAGAAAAAUAUGACUCUGAAUAAUGGCAUUCUCUCUAUAGAGGAAUUACCUAAGCUCAAAGAGGUAUUCCUCAGCAUCAUUUCCAACAAUGACGAUCAAGGCUUAAUCAUGGUAUAUAAUUUUAUCACAAUGUUUUCUUAGAAAGUAAUCAUAGAAAUGAACAUGAGAUGCAAUUUACUAACCACUUCUUACCAAGCUUAUUUGAUACUUUAUUCACAAGAGAAGAUGAGGUCUUAGAGGCCGCGGAAGAGGCAUUUGAUAAUUAUGUGAGAAACCACUCACAGCUAGCUAAAGUUAUCGACUACUUGAUUGAUGAAUAUAUCAAAGUUAAGCAACCAGUAUCAGUUAUCAAGGUCUUACAGUUGAUUAAGAGAUAUAUUGAGUAUCAUCCCAAAGUUAUCUCAGUGAAUUGCAAAUCGUUUGUAAAUCUAAUAUCUGCUCUCCAAAGCCUGAAAAACAGUCCUGAGAUUGCACUAGUCGCUGAGGUUACUGACAUUUUUGAUGAUUUCUUCGGUAGAUUUCCUGCUACAAUGAAGGACAUCACAACAAAAAUUCAUAAAAGGAAGGAAAAGCAAAUUAUAGAUGAUGCAAAGAAAUUGAUAAAAUCUUCAAAGACUGAUCAUGAGCUCUCUCCAAAGAAGUUGACUAUAAAUCUUGAUCUGAAAGGAAGACUUUCGAAAAAUUUGAAUUUGAGAAACCCUUCAAGAGCUGGAACAGAGCAAAUAAGUACAAAUAAGGAUGAAAAAGAGCAUAAACUCUCUAUAUUAAAGUUGCACAAAAUCAGCCCCUGCACUUCUGAAGACGAAGAGGAAAAGAAGGUUGAAUCCAAAUCUUUAAUCCCUUUGUCAGAUAAUGGAUUGGCCUUUAAUAUAUUUCCUCAAAACACGAUUCAGGAAUUGUUGAAAUCGGGAGCAACUCCUAAGGAAAAAUCAAAACUAUUAGAUGUAAUGCUUUCAUUUUUAAGAUCAUCUAAAAACUUGAUAAAAACAUUCCACUCAUCGAAUUCCUUCUUGAGUUUUAUCAUUAAGCUACUAUCCAAAGGAGAGUGAAUCCAGAAGAUCCUCGAGAUUAUUAGAAUUCUGGUAAGGACCAAGUGCAUCCAGAGCCUGGAUGGACUCACAAUGCUUUUCACAAACUGCAUAAAGUUCUUGGGAGAAGACACUUUUGAAAUCAGACAAGAGGCUAUGAGACUAUUUAUCACAAUGAUGAAGUCCAUGCCUAGCAAAUCAUUCGUAGAACAGUCACUUUCUAAUAUUAUAUCCGAUAACUGGAGGCUAAAGGAAGAAAUCGUAAACCUUCUGAUAAUCUGAAUGAUCAGCGAUGUUGAUAAAUCUCUUGAUAUCGAUAAAACAGUAGAGUCUCUAGCAUCCUUGGUCACUGAUGAGCACUCUAAAGUCAGAUUUGUAGCGAGAGAAGCCUGUGCAAUGUUUGCCAAGAAAGGUUCCACAGAGAAAAUAAUGAAGAAACUCGGAGAUACAGUUGUUCAUAACGACUAUGUCAAGAUCAAUGAAAUCCUUGAAAAGAACUAUAUGGUCACUUUUAAUGAAAAUAAGUUAAUGUUUGAAUAUCCUAAGAAGCCAAAACCAAUGAGAAAGAUGAAGCUCACUCAAGCCAAGAUCAAGAUGAGUGGCAAUUCAAAGAUUAAAAUCAACCUAUCUGAUACAAAGAAUCAAAGCCCAAUAUUACUAAAAGAGGAAUCUGAUUACAUAGAAAGUAGCAAAGAUGUUAGAAGGAACGCAAACACUAUUAGAAAUAGGAAGAUUAAGCUUAGAAAUAAUCCUUCAAAAGCCACUUCUCUAAAUAUGACUGCAAAGAGGAAGCCUUCAGAUGUGACAAAAGUAUCAUCAAACUACUCCGAUUUGCUUUCGCCAAAGAGUAAUGGUGAAAACUCAGUAUCAAACUAUACUGAUUACAUGCUGAACAAGAAGGUGUCUUCUAGCUCCUCACCCGACCGGUUAAGGAUCCUGAAGGAGACUAUUCGGUCAAAUAACAUCAGAGGAGAUGGAAACAAGUUCCUCCAUGUAGUCCAGAAAAGAAGAGGUGCAGGUGUCAGUCAGAGAGUUAACAAUAACUCUGUGACUCAGAGUUCUCUCUACAGUAUAAAUAUGAAAAGUAGAAUGGAAGACAGCUCAGAUGGACAAAGUCAGGCCCAUGACUCAACCUACAAAGGCAAAUUUAUUAAUGGAAAGAAGCAUGAUUAUUCUGAGUACAUGAACUCUGCUGAGACUCCAACUAGGUAUGAAUCAAAUGCGUUUUCCAAAAAGGGCGUCAUUGAUAGAGAAAAGAGAAAUAUGACUCAAUUUAAACUAAACUCUAAGAAAAUGAAUGCUGCUGCAGAAGCUUGAAUAAAUAGGCUUCUAGGCAAUGAUCAAGAGCCAGAAGAUGAAGGAAAGUAUUUAAAGAAAGAUGAUAUAAAACCUCUGAAGAACCCUGAUAAAGUCUUGAAGAUUGUAUAUAAAGACUUAACAUCCAGUGAUUGGCAGAAGCAAUUCGACGCCUGAAAUUCAUUAAGAGCGCUUGUAUUACAUCAUAAAGAUAUUCUAGUGAGCGAUGUGUACCUUCUUCAAGGUUUUAUUCAAGGAAUGGUUAAACAAAUAGAAUCUUUGAGGAGCAGUGUUUCCAAAAAUGCUCUCAUUGGGUUCAAAGAUAUUGCUGAAGUGCUCAAGAAGCGCAUAGAUAACGAUCUUGAUUACCUAAUCCCAGCUACAAUGAAAAAGGCAGUUGAUAAGAACGUAUUCCUCUCUAAGGUAGCUACUGAUCUUCUCAUAUCAGUAACAAAAUCAUGAAGUGAGAACAAGGUCAUGAAUGUUCUGGGUUCGCUUACUUUUCAAAAAUCUCCGACUGUGAGGGUCAAGAUGCAAAUCAUUAUAGAAACAGUGAUCAAGAAGUUAGGGUAUAAACUUUUGAAAUUCAAAGAUAAUAUUUCCAUUAUGGGCUAUCUGACUUCUUUCCUACAAGAUGCUUCAGAAAAGGUUAGAGAGAAAUCAAAAGAAGUCCUAGAUGUUAUCAAGGAAACUCUUGGUGAGAAAAACCUUGACAAACUCAUCAAGAAUACUUGAAAUGAUCAGCAAGAGAAAAGAAUAUAUAGGUAUUUUGAAGGUGGUAAUGGCGGUCCUAUGAGUGAAGCAGCACAUUCAGCAAAUUAUUUUAAUAAUAAAAGCAUAAGGAAGUCUAAAAGGGGUAUGACAACUCAGUAUUUUCCAAGUAUACACCAGAAUCAUGCUCCAAUUGAUGAUUAUGCAUUGGAGGAGGUUCCAGAGGUGCAAAAGAGAAGAAAGAUGGCAUCAGUGAUUAAGAAGCACCCAAAGAAGCUUCUUCUAUAA